AUUCACACGCUUCAAGAGUAGUAUCGUUUUACACUCUUUACCGAGUCCUUGUCGUUCGUCACUGUCGUACAUGAAAACUCGCAACAUUUCUAUCUCUACUUUUGGUUUUCGCCCUUCUUUGUUUGGUCCUUUUUGUUUACAGUGGUGACAUUCAAACGGAGUAAGAUUCUCACUUUCUCACUGGCUCUCUCAUUCUACUCCGUUGAAAAUCAAAUCCAACGCUCCCUAGUAGCAGCAGUGCAUGAGCCUAUAACUAACAAAUUGACUCUGAUUCCAAGUCUUCUGUCUUCUUCUUCUUCAACUCUAUCUUCAUUGUUAUUGCAGUGAAGUAUUCUUUUCAUUCCGGCUGAUUCCCUUCUGCUCACGGUUGUCUCUUCUCAUUUAAUAGCAUUGCAUUUUUGAAUGAUUGAGAAAAUUUAUUACUAAAGUUCCAUGAAUCUUCUGCCUUGGUGAGCUGGAAAAGUUGUUGGCUUUCUGCUAAAAAAAAAAAAAAACUGUAGCUUUGUGAGGAUGAUGAAUCUCUCCAGGUUUUUGUUACUAUCCAUGUUGUUCAUGUCUGCAAUGGGGCAGCUUCCUUCACAGGACAUCAUGGCAUUGCUCGAGUUCAAGAAAGGCAUCAAGCAUGACCCAACAGGCUUCGUCCUUAACUCCUGGAACGAUGAGUCCAUAGACUUCAACAACGGCUGUCCUUCUUCGUGGAACGGUAUUGCCUGCAACGGUGGUAACGUGGCUGCUGUCGUUUUAGACAAUUUGGGUUUGUCUGCGGAUGCUGAUCUCAGUGUGUUCUCCAACUUGACAAUGCUUGUCAGACUCUCCAUGGCUAACAACUCAAUCUCCGGUGUGUUACCGAGUAACUUAGGCAGUUUCAAAAGCCUCCAGUACCUUGAUUUGUCUGAUAACCUCUUGUCUUCGUCCUUGCCAAAAGAGUUUGGUAGAGCGGUGAGCUUGAAGAAUCUCUCUUUGGCUGGUAACAACUUCUCUGGUGAGGUUCCGGAGUCUAUGGGAGGUUUGGUUUCGCUUCAGUCUUUGGAUAUGAGUCGCAACUCCUUCUCUGGACCUCUGCCGAAGUCCUUGACAACGCUGAACGAUCUGCUCUACUUGAACCUGUCUUCUAAUGGAUUCACAGGGAAAAUCCCGAGGGGAUUCGAGCUUGUUCCGAGUCUUCAGGUCCUUGAUCUGCAUGGUAACUCAUUUGAUGGGAAUCUCGACGGCUUGUUCUUCCUUUCGACGAAUGCGAGCUAUGUUGAUUUCAGUGGAAACAGAUUGGUGACAACGUCUGGGAAGCUGUUACCUGGUGUUUCUGAGAGCAUCAAGCACUUGAACCUCAGUCACAAUCAGCUUGAAGGUUCUCUGACUAGUGGGUUUCAGCUGUUUCAGAACUUAAAAGUCUUGGACCUUAGCUACAACCAGUUAUCAGGAGAGCUACCAGGUUUCAAUUAUGUCUAUGAUCUUCAAGUACUCAAGCUUAGCAACAACAGGUUCUCAGGCUCUCUUCCCAAUAAUUUGUUGAAAGGUGACUCAUUGCUUUUAACAACGCUGGAUUUAAGUGGCAACAAUCUCUCAGGGCCUAUAAGUGCUAUCAUGUCAACAACUCUUCACACCCUUGAUCUUUCUUCAAACUCACUGACCGGGGAGCUUCCUCUCUUGACUGGGAGCUGCGUCUUCCUUGAUCUCUCAAACAACCAGUUUGAAGGAAACCUAACAAGAUGGUCAAAAUGGGAGAACGUAGAGUACCUUGAUCUCAGCCAGAACCGUUUCACCGGGUCCUUCCCAGACGUUUCUCCUCAGCUUCUUAGAGCAAAUCAUCUUAACCUUUCCUACAACAAGCUCACAGGCUCGCUUCCAGAACGGAUUCCAACUCAUUAUCCUAAACUCGGCGUUCUCGAUAUAAGUUCCAACACCUUGGAUGGGCCACUCCCAAGUACGUUACUGUCCAUGCCCACUCUGGAGGAAAUCCACCUUCAGAACAAUGGCAUGACUGGUAGCAUCGGACCCUUGCCUUAUUCUCCUGGUUCAAGAAUCCGUCUUCUUGAUCUCUCUCACAACAGGUUUGAUGGUGAUCUUGCUUCUGCGUUCGGGUCUUUGACUAGUCUCCAAGUGCUGAAUCUCGCAGCAAAUAAUCUCUCUGGAUCUCUGCCUAACUCCAUGGACAAGAUGGUCUCUCUGAGCUCACUGGACGUAUCACAGAAUCAUUUCACUGGACCACUCCCAAGCAACUUAUCUAGCAGCCUUGUUGCCUUUAACGUGUCGUACAACGAUCUGUCAGGAACUGUGCCUGAGAAUCUGAAGAGCUUCCCUCCUCCUUCCUUUUAUCCUGGUAACAGCCAGCUCAUCUUGCCUGCUGGAUCAUCAACAAGUGCAUCAGAAGUUUCCAAAGGGAAACCAAUGAACUUGCUAAUUAAGGUUGUCAUUAUAGUUUCAUGCGCCAUUGCUCUUGUUAUCCUCAUCCUUGUGGCUGUUCUCCUGUUCUGCAUCUGCAAAUCAAGAAGACGUGAAGAGCGUAGUAGCAUCAUCGCAGGUAAAGAUACUAACAGGCGGGAUCAAACAGUCCCUUCAGGCAGUGGAGGAGGAGGAGGUACUGUUGUCUCUGCUGAGGAUCUCGUUGCCUCGAGAAAAGACUCUUCAUCAGGAAUCCUCAGUCCAGACGAGAAACUAGCUGUUGUUGCAACGGGCUUCUCUCCUUCAAAGACGAGUAACUUAUCUUGGUCACCUGGCUCAGGAGACUCACUCCCACCUGAUCAGCAGCUAGCACGGCUUGACGUUAGGUCACCAGACAGACUCGUGGGAGAGCUACAGUUUCUUGACGAGUCGAUCAGACUGACUCCAGAGGAGUUAUCAAGAGCACCGGCUGAAGUUCUGGGGAGAAGCAGCCACGGGACUUCUUAUAGAGCAACGCUUGAUAAUGGAGUGUUUUUAACCGUGAAGUGGCUUAGAGAAGGCGUGGCGAAGCAGAGGAAGGAGUUUGCUAAAGAAGUGAAGAAGUUUACUAACAUUAGGCAUCCUAAUGUUGUCACUCUCAGAGGAUACUACUGGGGUCCUACUCAACAUGAGAAGCUUAUUCUUUCAGAUUAUAUAUCCCCUGGAAGCCUAGCUAGCUUCCUCUACGAUCGACCAGGCAGGAAAGGCCCUCCACUAGCAUGGAUCCAACGUUUGAAAAUCGCCGUUGACGUGGCACGUGGUCUAAACUAUCUCCAUUUCGACAGAGCUGUUCCGCACGGCAACCUCAAGGCAACAAACAUUCUCUUAGAAGGAGAAGAGCUAAACGCGCGUGUAUCGGACUACUGCCUCCACCGUCUCAUGACGCAAGCAGGCACGGUGGAACAGAUCCUAGACGCGGGCAUCCUAGGUUACCGAGCUCCCGAGCUAGCAGCUUCGAGGAAACCGUUGCCUUCUUUCAAAGCGGAUGUGUAUGCGUUCGGUGUGAUACUUCUCGAGAUCUUAACGGGAAGAUGUGCGGGAGAUGUGAUCACGGUUGAACAGGAAGGUGUUGAUUUGACUGAUUGGGUUAGGUUACGUGUUGCUGAAGGACGUGGUGCGGAGUGCUUUGACUCGGUGUUGACGCAGGAGAUGGGAAGUGAUUCGGUUACGGAGAAAGGGACUAAAGAAGUUCUUGGGGUUGCUUUGAGGUGUAUAAGACCUGUUUCUGAGAGACCUGGGAUUAAGACCAUUUAUGAAGACCUGUCUUCUAUUUAGGAACAAUGUUCUUCUCUCUUUCUCGUUCUGUUUUUUGGUUUUUGUAGGUUGAGGUCUCAUUGGAAUUACAUGCUUUUGUUUCUAGAGAAGCAUGUUCUUAAGGUUGUGUUGUGCUUCUUCUGUUGUUUUUUUAAUUUUUGUAACGUUCUUUGUAAAAAACCGCAAUCUGUUCAUGUCUCAUGAGUGAGUGAAAGUUUAUUGAAGUUGUUAAA